AUGCUGCUGAAUCAUUCCCCUCGGGGGUCUUUCAGUGUUCCUGUUAACAUCACCCUGCAGGGCGCGCGGCGACGACACAUGAGGGAUGUCUUCCAACAAGCCCAACAGGAAAAUGGAGGCAAGUGGAGGAAAGAGAGGGAGAUGAAGGGCAAUGAGAAAGCCAGAACUCAAAUCCCAGAGUCCAGUGUGGGAGAGGAGAGAGCCGUCCUCUUGGGCUUCACCAUGAUGACCUUCUCCAUCCUCAUGUACUUUCUGGUGGGAAUCGUGAUGGUGAAACCAAGUGUCUAUAGUGACUGGAAACCUAACAACUGCUCACUAGUGCAGAUUGAUUUGGUGGAUGAAGUGAUGGACUGCCGUGGAAUUGACAGUUUUAAAUGCCUGCGUGUUUUAGUGAACAGCACCCCUGAAAAAACACUUCAAUUUUACGUCGACGAGGACACUGUGAAAUAUAGGCCAAAGGCAAAAUCUUUCCCUCAGUGUUUCUACACUCCGAAAUGUCACCGAAACAAGACAGAACAAGAGGAUGAGGCCAGUAACAUCACAAAUACGCUAAUUAUGUGGGGAGAGAACAUGACAUGCUAUCUCAGUGCUACAUACCCAAAUAAUGCCAUCUAUAGGAGGAAAUACACCAUUGAGACAGCCUUGUAUUAUCUGCUGUGGCCCAGCGUCAUGUUGUUUGGUGGAAUCCUGCUGGUGGGACUGGUGAAGCUCAACCAGCAUCUUGCUUUCCUCUGCACUGAGAUCAGUAGAGAGGAGUUACUUGGCAAGCAGAGCAAAGUGACGGAGGGAAGGAUCUACCGACUCUUAAGAUGGAGGCCUGGAGGCCCUACGGAGCAGGACAACCCCAUUAGAUAA